UUAUUUUCUCUAAUUUAGAGCUUCUGCACAAUCGCCACAAGUGCUCGACAUAACCCAACUUUUUCCAAACCAUGAAAAACUUAGAAUUGCUCGAAUUAGUGCACAAAGGGGUCCCCUACCCCUUCACCAACGUGACUCUAGUGUCCCAAACGCCCCAACUAAUUUAUUACAUCCGUGCCAAUUCUUUACACAGUCAUGACCUAACAUGUGGCGAAACCAUCCAACUGGGCCCCCCUAUCUUCGCAGACGCCUCUCAUCUAAAAUCCUUAAUCAUUGAGAACAAAACUUGUGUUGUUGUUAACAAUGAUUUGUUUAUAAUCGCCCUUCCAAACAAAUUUGACAAAAUCACCUUCGACAAAAAAAUCAUCGAAAUCAGCUGGAACCCCACGGAAGAACUCGUCGCGGUGGUGUUCGACGAUGGAGAAAUAUCGACUUUUUGUAUUGACUACGAAAACGCCGAAGCUUUCCCCCAAGGGAAAAGCAGCACCGAUGCGGGAAUCCCCGACACAGUUUACGUGGGUUGGGGGUCCAAGGACACGCAAUUUCGGGGCUCCGAAGGCAAAAUCAAGGAUCAAACACCGGUCGAAACCAAGCCAGUUUUUGACCAAAAACCCCGAAUUUCAUGGCGAGGAAACGGGGAAAUGUUCGUUGUGAAUUAUUGGAAGGACCAGAAAAGACAAUUCAUUGUGUUCGAGACACCCUGUAAAGCAUUGUACCGCUCGGAGGAGUGCCCCGGGUUACAGCCCCAGGUGGCCUGGCGGCCCGUCGGGAACAUGAUAGCUGGGCUGUCGGUCACAAACCGGCAAAAAAUCGUAAUUUUUGAAAAAAAUGGCCAGAGGAGGUUUGAUUUCGAUCUGACGUUUGACGUUAUGAUCAAAAACUUGAAGUGGAGUCCCUGUGCCCAAAUUCUUGCCAUCCACACUGUCACACCCACCGGUCAAACCAUCCAUUUAUUGACCUCAAGUAACUACAAGUGGUACGAGAAACAAGUGCUUGAAUUUCCCGCCGAAAACGCGCUCCUCGAUUUCGAUUGGCUGGACACCAACCAGUUACAAGUCGUUACGCAAAGUGACGUAAUUAAGUACACGUUUCGUAACGUUGUUCAUCACAAUUCGGCCGCGAUUUGUGGCGUAAUCGACGGCAAACACUUGAAUUUGACUGAUUUUAACAACGCGGUUAUUCCCCCGAUUUCGUACGCACGACGAUUCACGAACGACAAACAAAUCAACUUCGUGACGUUCCGUCACGACUUAGCUAUGAUCAUUGACUCGGAAAAUGAUUUAAAAAUUUUCAAUGUUGCUGAACCUGACGCGCUUUUAGUUACAAUAAAUUUGAAAAAAAUCGUCGAUUUGCCACAAUUUGCGUUGUCUUGUCAUCAUUUUUUAUUAUCCAGUGAAAGCGUUUAUUUCGCUGUAACGAGUGACGAAUCGGUUUUCUAUUCCCUUGAUUGGAAAAAUCCCCAAGCAAAUUUCCUAACGGCAAUCACCGAUAAUUUCAGCCAUUUAUUGCAAAUAAGUGGGGAUUAUGACAACAUUUCCGGCCUGAAAUCACUCGGAAAUAACUUAUUCAUUAAUAAUAACGACUCAAUUCUUUGCCAAAUUCAAACCCUCGGUGAUCAAACCUACGUUUGCAACCUAACGUCAAAUAAUCACUUCUACCUCAAUGAGGCAAAAAUCAGCGAUUGUGCGAAUUCUUUCACACUGUUCGACUCGUAUUUACUUUACACCACCAAACAAAGUGAGUUGUUUUGCCUCAGAUUGGGCCAAGAGGGCCAAAAUUUCCGUCGAAACGUGGAACAGGGGGCCACUAUCGUUUGUGCGGUCCCCAAUUCGCCCCAAAUUGUCUUGCAGUUGCCCCGAGGCAACUUGGAGACAAUUUCGUGUCGUUUGAUCUCGAUCGACAUCCUCGAUAAACUACUGAACGAACAGAAAUGGGCCGAAGCUGUGCGUUUCAUCCGUUUGGAAAAAUUAAACGCAAAUUUGUUAUUUGAUUUGAAUCCGGAGCGGUUUUUGCGCCAAAUCGCCCACUUUGUGCAGGGGGUUCACACGAUUAAUGAGCUAACCGCCAUUUGCUUGGAGUUCGAGGAGGGGAACGUCCUGACCUCGAUUUACAAAAAUUGGGGGAAAACCACCGAUUUCCCCCAGAAAAUUAACACGAUUUUUGCGAGUUUGUUUAAAUAUUUCGACAGUGUCGACUAUUCCGUUUACAUAACCACGAUAGUGGCGGUUAAUUUGAAUUUUUUCAAACUGAGGGACGCCUUGAUUUAUCUACAAGACCUGUACAGGCGUACCAACCUAAAGGAAAAGCUGUUAAAUGCCGUAAAUACGUUAAAAAUCUACGGGUGUGACCACGAAAAACUAUACACUGAGUGUUUAUUAUUGUACGAUUUGGAGUUGGCUGGUUUUAUCGCGAGUUGUUGCCAACUAGAUCCGCGAGUUUACGAACCACAUUUGAAGCAGUUGAGUGGUUUAAAUGAGGUUGAAAUGCGCUACGAGAUUAACUUAUUUGCGAAAAAACCCAAAACUGCGAUUAUUUAUCUGUUACGGUGCCCCAAAGCACAAACAAGUGACGUUUUAGCGUUUAUUAAAACCCACAAUGUGAGCAGGCAAGCUUUCGAGAAUUGUCCGCCAAAAAAUAGGUUUUACCAAAGCGUAAGUCACGCUUUUGCGGGCGAUUUGAGUGCGAAAGGGUGUCACACCGAAGCUGGGGUUGUUCUAAAAAGGGCGGGUUUACCAGAGGAGGCUUUGGCCGAGUUUCAAUUGGGGCUGAAUUGGCGCCAAGUUUUGAAUCUCCUGGAAGAGUUAAACGUCGAUAAAGUGGAAAAAAUCAAGAUCGUGAACGAUUUGGCCACGCGUUUGGUGCAGAGUAAUGUCCGCCAAGCCGCCAUUUUGUUCGAGUUUUAUGCAGAUAACUACGAAAUGGCGGUUAAGGUACUUAUUGAGGGUUUUUUCUUCGAGGAGGCGAUUCAUAUCGCUAUGAAACACAAACGGGGGGAUAUUAUAGUCUCGGACGUGAUUCCAAUGUUAAUGAAGCACAAAAUAUACUUGGAAGAGAAGUUGCAAAAUUUGAACGAAAGCUACAAUAAAUACAAACAGAGGUUGGCCCAAGUCAGGCAACAAAAGUUUAGUAGAUUUAACAACGACUUGGACGAUUGUGACGAGCGGGAUGACCUUUUUUCCGACGCUGGGAGUACAAUUUCCAAAUCUUCACGUUCAUCAAGGUCGCGCUCGUCAACCGCGUCAUCGCGAAAUCGCCGAAAAGAAGAGAAAAAGAAGCAAGAUCUUCGCGAAGGCGGGAUUUACGAAGAUAUAGCGCUCAUUCGCGCCCUCCAUUCCACCAUUAAAGAGUUUUACAAUAAAGGUGAAGAAGUCCGGAAUUGUUGUGUUUUAUUAUUGCAAGAAAGCGACGUUUCGUACGAUGAAAUUAAGCGAAUUCAUGAUUUUUACUGGAAGUUUGAUGCCGAAAUUCAAAAUGGCGUCGCGGAAAUAUGGCCGCCACAUUUUUACAAGAAUUAUCAAACGUUGGAUGUGCGAGAAUUGGCCGAUUUGGAGAAUUUUGAACAUUUAGAUGUUGAGUUUAGGACACCUCCCGGGGGCCGAACCAACUGGAAAUUGAACCUUUUUUAAUAUUGUACUCGUAGACAAUAAAUUAUUUUUAUUUUGUGCAAAAAA